UGUACGGAGCUGUGUUUUUCUUUAACAUCGCUCAAGAAACCACAACAGUCUCCACAGUAGGCAGACAGAUACCAUCCAAGCUACUGAGCUGCCACUAUUUUGGGCGGCCUCUACUGAAGUGUCUUCAAGGAGUCAACUUUGCCCGUCAAGGAAAAGGCUCCAUCGUUUGCCACAUGGAAGGUUGAAGAUUCUGGUGGUUUGGUGGUUUUCUAGGUCUCGCUGACCUCGGUUGUUUCGCUCUUGAAAUGGCCUGCACCCAAUAAGUGUUGAGUGACAGCUGUGGUGUGACUACAAAGCUGUAACAAGACCAACAACGUGGUUUCUAUGAUCAUAAAUGAGGAUGAGGUGGCUGCAUCUUGAGUGUGAGCGGGCAAAGGUGGUAGUCUGCGCUGAAGUCCAGAUCCAACUUCUGCAUCAGACUACAGCAGGGUUAUAUCCAAUCCACAGGCUUCAGCAGUUCCCUGCUCAUGUUUACAACCUUUCUAAUUCUUGUAUUGUUGUUGGCAGAACACGUCCCAGGAGAGGAUCCUCAGCUGUCCCAACUGACCGGCCUCUUCGUGCUGAAGCCUGAAAGUGUGACUGCAACAAAAGGGAAGGACAUCACAUUCGUGGCCAAGGUGGACUCCUCCAGUCUGACGCGGAAGCCGAGCAUGAAAUGGUUGAAGGGGAAGUGGCUGGACCUGGGAAGCAAAGCCGGGAAACACCUGCAGUUCAAAGAGACCUACGACCGGAACACAAAGGUCUACACCUACGAGAUGAGCAUCAUCAAAGUGGUGGACGGAGACGCGGGUGGCUACCGCUGCGAGGUCACCUCCAAAGACAAGUGCGACAGCUGCACGUUUGAGGUGUCGGUGCAGGCGGCACAAGAGGAGCAGCAGGACAACAUCUUGGAGGCGUUUAAACGAUCCGGCGACGCUGGCGAGGACGCGGGGGACCUGGACUUCAGCGCUCUGCUCAAGAAAAGGGAGAAGAAGCAGGAGGGGCCCAAGGAGGAGGUGGAUGUCUGGGAGAUCCUGAAGGCGGCGAAGCCCUGCGACUACGAGAAGAUCGCCUUCCAGUACGGCAUCACCGACCUGAGGGGCAUGUUGAAGAGGCUGAAGAAGAUGAAGAUGGAGACGAAGAAGAGCGACGCGUUCCUGAUGAAGCUGGAGUCCGCCUACUCGGUGGACAAAGGCAAGAAGAUCCAGCUCUCAGUGGAGGUGGCCGACCCCAGCGCUCCGAUCACAUGGCUGAAGAACGGGCAGGAGAUCAAACCGUCGGCCAAGUACGUCUUUGAGAGCGUGGGCAACAAGCGGACGCUCACCAUCAACAAGUGCAACCUGUCGGAUGACGCGGCGUACGAGUGCGUGGUGGGCGAGGAGAAGUGCUUCACCGAGGUUUUUGUCAAAGAGCCUCCAGUCACCAUCACCAAGCUGCUGGACGACGUCCACACAGUGGUGGGCGAGAAGGUGGAGUUCGAGGUGGAGGUGUCGGAGGAAGGCGCGCACGUCAAAUGGAUGAAGGACGGAGAGGAGCUGAGCAAAGACACGGCGGGAUCAAAGUACAGGUUCAAGAAAGACGGGAAGAGGCACGUCCUGAUCAUCAACGACGUCACCAAGGAGGACCUGGGGACCUACUCUGCCGUCACCAACGGGGGCCAGUCCAAGGCCGAGCUGGAGGUGGAAGACAAGGAGCUGCAGGUUCUUCAGAGCAUCGCUGACCUGACGGUGAAGGCCACAGAGCAGGCCGUCUUCAAGUGCGAGGUGUCUGACGAGAACGUGACGGGGACGUGGUUCAAGGACGGCGUGGAGGUCCAGGCCAGCGAGCGGAUCAAGAUGACGCACAUAGGAAGGACGCACAAGCUGACGAUCAACGACGUGAAGCCGUCAGACGCCGGCGACUACACCUUUGUGCCCAACGGAUACGCGCUCUCUCUGUCGGCUAAACUCAACUUCCUGGAGAUCAAGAUUGAUUAUGUUCCACGUCAAGAUCCUCCCAAAAUCCACCUGGACACCAGCGGCACCGGCAGCAAGAACACCAUUGUGGUGGUGGCCGGGAACAAGCUGCGCCUGGACGUGGAAGUGUCUGGAGACCCUGCCCCCACCGUGUGCUGGAUGAAGGGCGAUAAAGUGGUGCUGGAGGCGGAGGGACGGGUGCGUGUGGAGACCAGAAAGACCCUGAGCAGCUUCGUGAUCGAGGGGGCGGAGAAGCAGGACGAGGGCCACUACUCCAUCACCGUGACCAACCCGGCUGGGGAGGACAAGGCAGAACUUUUCGUCAAGAUCGUGGAUGUUCCCAACCCUCCUGAGAACGUCAAGUGCACAUCAGUGGGAGAGGACUGCGCCAGCAUCACAUGGGACCCGCCCUCAUUUGACGGCGGCGUGCCAGUCAAAGGUUACCUGAUAGAAAGGAAGAAGAUCGGCUCGUCCAGAUGGACCAAGCUCAACUUUGACAUGUACGAGUCCACCACCUACGAGGCCAAGAAGAUGAUCGAGGGCGUUCUUUACGAGAUGAGGGUGUUUGCAGUCAACGGCACCGGCAUCUCACUGCCCAGCGCCACCUCCAAACCCUUCAUGCCUAUUGCUCCCACCAGUGAACCCAUCCGCCUCACUGUUGACGAUGUGACCGAUACAACGUGUGCCCUCAAGUGGCGUCCACCAGAGAAGAUCGGUGCUGGCGGCAUCGAUGGGUACAUCAUUGAGUACUGCAAAGAAGGAUGUGACCAGUGGGUACCAGCCCACGAGGGCCUGGUGGAAAAGAACCAGUUCAAAGUGAGAGAUCUUCCAACGGGAGAGAAAGUGCUGUUCAGAGUGGUGGCGGUCAACCUAGCAGGACGUAGCCCUCCAGCCUCGCUGCCACAGGCCGUUACCAUCAGAGAGAUCAUGGAGCAUCCGAAGAUCCGACUUCCCCGCCAUCUGAGAACCAAACUUGUCAGGGAGGUUGGCGAGAAGGUCAACCUGGUGAUCCCUUUUCAGGGGAAACCACGUCCGGUCGUCACCUGGUUCAAGGACGACGUCCUGCUGGAAGACAAGUCAGUGGGAAGUCGCACCAGCGACAUCGACACCAUCCUCUUCAUCCGCUCAGCAGACAGAGCCCACUCCGGGAAGUACACGCUGACGGUCCAGAUUGAGAACAUGUCGGACAGCGCCCAUAUCCACAUACAGAUUGUGGAGAAGCCCGGGCCUCCCAUCGCAGUGCGGGUCGCAGACGUCUGGGGAUUUAACGCCGCGCUGGAGUGGAAGCCGCCGAAAGACGACGGGAACUGCGAGAUCAUUGGCUACACAGUGCAGAAGGCCGACAUGAAGACCAAGGAGUGGUUCACAGUGCUGGAACACAACCGGCGGCCCGGCUGCACCGUGUCGGACCUGGUCAUGGGGAACCAGUACUCAUUCAGAGUCUACAGCGAGAACAUCUGCGGCCUGAGCGAGGACCCGGGAGUCAGCCAGAACACAGCCCUCAUCAGCAAGACAGACCUGAACUACGCCCCUCCACCCUUCAAAGAGGCUGACAUGAGCACCUCCCCCAAGUUCACCGCACCCCUGGUGGACAGAUCAGUGGUUGCAGGAUAUGCAACUGCCAUCAGCUGCGCCGUCCGCGGUUACCCCAAGCCCAAGAUCAUCUGGAUGAAAAACAGCAUGGUCAUUGGUGAAGACCCCAAGUUCCUGAUGCAGAAUAAUCAGGGAGUUCUGACGCUCAACAUCCGCAAGCCGAGUCUGUUUGAUGGUGGUAAAUACACCUGCAGAGCCGUCAACGACCUUGGCCAGGACGAGGUCGAGUGUCGCCUGGAGGUCCGAGUUGCCCAGGAAAAGGGUGAGGAAGCAAAGAAGUGAAACCACAGCCAAAGCCCCGCCCUGGAUGAAGUUAACACUCCGACAGGGGAACACCACGCUAGAGAAGUGACC